AGAGGCACUGAGGCACAGCGGCAAGAUGGCGGGGCGGUGGGACUGCUUCCAAGGCCUGCCACACGGCUGGGAAGUGAGGUUUGAUGGCAGAAUUGGCCGAUAUUACUUCAUUGACCACCUGAACAAGAAGACGUCAUGGGAGGACCCGCGGCUGAAGAGUGCUCCACCCCCGCCUCCUCACCCGGAGAGUGGGCACAGCGAGGUCAAGGGUCACCAGGAGAGUCAGAGUGUCUCCCACCACCCGCCUCCCUGGAUGAGUCCCUUCCUAGGUGGGCGGUUCUCAUCUGUCUACCCAUCAUUUGGAGGUUAUAACUUGGCUUACAUGCCUCCAUAUGCACUCUAUGGUCCUGUUUAUCCACCGCAGAAUGUGUCACAUGCCACUGAGCCACCCCCUUUGAAAAAAAUCGUCGGAGGCCAUCCAUCCCCUGAUGUUAACAAAGGACGUGGCUCACUCACCUCACAGCAGGAGUCUGGACUCUUGGAGGCUGUUGAACACUCCCAGUUAGCCAUUGCCAAGAUUUCUGCCAUGUUUCCCACUGUACCAGAAAGUCACAUCAAGGAUCUGAUGAGGAAGUACCACAAUAGGGAAGCUGUAGUCAUCAGUGCUCUUCAAGUCCAGAAACAUCCUCUUGCCACUCCUGGACCUUAUGGCACCUUCACUCCACCUCCCAUGAGGCACUUUAUUCCCACUGCUACAGCCAUUAUGGCUUUACAAAGCACCAAGGCAUCCAGUGCUGUGUCCUCCACUGGAGCAACUCCUAUUGAUGCCACUACAACCACCACUACCACUGCUUCUCAGGAGAAAGAAGGAUCACAUAAAGUAGCUACCACCACAGGUAAUGGCACAGCUGUAGGUGCCCCUGUCUCAGCACCACCUGUGGUGACAUCUUCAAAACUAGAUCAUUCCCUCCAUCAUCCAGUGUAUGAGCGUACAAGAGGGACACAGAUCCUGGAGGAUAAGAACAAAAGUGGCCGACAAGGGUCUGUAGAGAGGUGUAUGGGGUCUCCUUUCCAUGGCCGUGGAUCUGUUGAUAAGUCUGCAGGGUCCCCAAGGCUGGGACAGGGCUCGAUGGGCUCUCCAUUCUUUGGUCGCGACUCUCCACUCCUGUCUUCUCGGGCUUCUUCUCCCCAUACUUUCAUGGACGGUUCUCCUCGGCCCACCACACGUUCUACUUCAGAAUUUACUCGCUCCCUCAUGGAUUCACCUCGAAUGGAUUACCGUCAUUCUCCCAGGUCUACUCCACACUCUCCUAAGAUCAAACUCAGGUACUUGAAAGGAAUAUUUCCAAAGGUGGAGCCAACCGUUAUUCUUGAUGUUUUGACCCAGUGCAACUACAAUGUUAAGGAUACUUGUGAGAAACUGUUAAUCUUGGGAUAUGAAAAAAAAGACACUGUGCUUGCUCCACCAAAGCUCAAAGACCGUCCUGAUGGCAAGGAAAACAAGGCUGUCCCAAAGCCGUCCCCAGGACCUGCACGACCUAAGAAUCUCGGUGAAAAACACAAGAAGAAAGUUCGAAAUGAGUUGACCUCAGGCUAUCCGGAUCUGACUCCCACGGUGGUGACCAUGGCCCUGCAAUCAGUGUACUAUGAUGAAAACCGUGCCCGUCAAGUGCUGGACAACAUGGUGGAGUCAGACAAAAAGACACAAGAGGCACUUGCCAGUUGUGCAUCUCAAAUGCCCAGCAGAUCCACAGAGUCCAAGACUGUGACUCUCAAUCUGAUGGGUUCACCUCCACUUGCUCGAAGAGAUGGAGUGAAGCCCACCCGCCCCACCCUGCCCAGAACAAGGAUCAACACUGCCUGGACGGCUGCUCAAACUGUUUCUCGAGGAACUAACACGGAGGAAGAUCUUGGGUUCCGUAGUGACCAGCGCAUGCGUCCCCAGGGCCCAAACACAAAGCUACACAAGGGCCCCUCAGAGUGUCUUCUUCUAUCAGAUUACCAGGCUUGGCACGGCCCCAAUCCAGACAAUGCCUCAGGCCACAGCAAGAGUCUGGCUCAGGGGCCAAGAAGUACUCACCUUCGAGGUCCGUCCGGAAUUGCUCGAGGGCAUGACCCUGCCAUGAGGAAGGGACCCCAAGGGCUGGCCAAAGGAUCACAGUUCACACAAGGUAUAAAGAAAGAAGUUUGCCUUUCAACUAAAGUCCUUUAAUUGAUUUUUCUCACAUUUUUUGUGACCAAAUAUGAAAAUGUUUUAAUCUUAAAAAAAUUUAUUUGUUUUACUUUGUAGGUAAAUAUAUUUUAUGUAGAUGUUAUUUGAGCAUAAAUAAAACUGUUUUUUCAAUUUUUUUCAGUUAUUACUCUAUGGAGAUUUUUUAAUUUGUAUUUUGAAUGUUUCUUCAUUGUCUCUCCAUGAUUUCUUUUAUUUAUUUUCUAAUACGUACUGGAUUUCUUCCAGGAAAAAUUAUUUUAUUGUUCAUAGUUUAUUUACAUGAUAGUUAGUUUAAUAUUAGAAUUGCUCUAUAAUAGAAGUAUGUUGUUCACAUGUAGCUUUAAUUUUCACACAAUAUAUUAUCAAAAGAUCCUUCAGCCUGUAGUGGGGAUCAGUCAUGCAGCAUCUGACAACAUGGCUGUAAAAAUGUAGACAAGAGUACAAAUCAAGCAAAAUUGUGAUCAUGAGACUGAGGUCUAUGGUACACUAUUGUGGCUUCACCUUUGCCCAUCACCUGCUCACUACUUAUUGUGGAGAAUUUUUAGCCCAAUAGUAUUCCUCUGUUUACAACAUGUGAUAAUAGAGGCAAUGUUUAUGCCAUGGCUACCAGUUAUACAAGAUAUUUUUUGAAAAGUCAUUUAUAUACAAUAAACCCUUGCCAACUCAGGCUGUUAGGCUGUCCUUUAUUAUGAACUGCCUUGGACCUGGUUUUCAUCUGGUUUGUGGAUAAUGAUUGAUUAAAUUUAGUCUGCUAGCAGUGAAAGCCAAUGAUCAUCUUCCUGUGUGUAUGUGUGUGUGUGUGUGUGUGUGUGUGUGUGUGUGUGUGUGUGUGUAUAAAAUGUAUAAAAUCAGUGAGAUUAUACAAUAAUGAUAUAUGAAGAUUUUUCAAAGCUUCAUAUAGUUCAAGCAUCAACAGGUGCACACAGCUUUGUUGGAAUUAAUAUGUGAGCCAGCAGGCAAAAGACACAAGGUUAUCCAUGGCCACAUGUUUCACUGAACAUUAGUAUUCAUCACAAAUUUGAUUUUUGUAUACCAUGAAGUAUUCACUAUAAAAUUGAUAUUAAUAAGAUGCCCACUUUUUUGUAGUUUGUAAUCAGUCUACAACACAUGUGUGAUAGUAGUGAGGCAGAUGUAAGAAUCUCAAGGCAAAGUACAAAAAGCUUUCAAGAGUCCUUGGUUAGAUUUGGUUAUCUGAUCAGAUAAUUGCUUGCUCUUCUAAUCUGGACACUUCAGGAUAACUAAAAGCAGAGAGUUGCAAAGUUCCAGGCUGUAAUGGUGUUGGUUAGUGAGGGUUUAUUGCAUAUAUUAUACGUAAGUAGCUUCUAAGAGGUAUUGUAUAUCUGUCUCAUGCUAACUGGUUAGAGCAUGGAGUACUGGUUGUAGUCAGUUAAAUUCUACAUUUAGAACUAUUUUGAUGUGCCAAAACUGAAAUAUAAGCAUAUCAUGAAAAUGAUCAUCUUGAAAUGGAUAGAUUCAAUAUAGAAAUGAUAGCAAUACUAAUAAUUUUGUGUUUGAUACAAUAACUUUUAGCAAUACUUGGCCAUUAUGUUUAGACUAUUCAGUAAGAUUAGUUUUGUUGCAACAAAUUGAUGAUUGCAAAUACCUUAUUUAAUAUGUUUAUUUAUUUAUUUUUUUAAGGAAUUACAUCUUACAAAAUGUUUGAAUAGUUAUUGAAGGUCAUCUGUACCUGCCUUCAGUAUUAUAUAGUCCUUCAGGAUUAACACUGGACUACUCUCUGUCUCUUGUUUGUCAGGUUGCUAGCAGUAAUCAUGAGAUAUCAUUUGCUUUCUUCUGUCAACAGUAUUAGCCAAGUUGAUGUAUCUCUGUUGACUGACUUCAAGUUCUUGUGAGUGUCAGGUUUGCAAACAGCACACACCUGACAACCUUUAUGAUCUGCCUCAGGAAAGUUUGACUAAAUCAUUAGGAAACACUUGCCACUGGUCAUAUUCAGUCUUACUCAGCUUUAAUGAUGUUUUCCAGUAUUCAAAUGAUAUUAUCUGUAUUGAUAUGUGCCUGGAAGGAAUCUUAUCAAUACUUGUUAUAGAUGGCAUACACUCUCCUGGUUAGUAGAUGAACCAGGCAUGCUAGGAUUUUAUUGACUUGCUUAUUUGCCUUUUUGUGCAUGUUAUGCAUAUGUGUUAGAAAGUUGCUGGGUUUAGAAGGAUUUGAUAUGCAUCUAGGCUGAUUUGAGAAAAAGGUGUUUUAUUUUAAGGCUGAAGCCUUAAAAUAAAACACCUUGAAUUAACAGUCAUGUGCAGGUGAUUUGAGAAGAAAAUAUCAAAAUACGUAAGGCAGUGAGAGAACUUGAAAUAUAAAGACUCUUGCUUUUUAUUGAUUUUGUGUGAUGUAAAAUUUUGAGGAAGGGUAAAGAUAUUCUUGUCAUCCAUUUGUUUUCAAUGAAAGGCCAGAAGUUAAUUUUGCUGUUGCAUAGUUAGUUUUAAUGAAUUUUACCAUUAUGGAAAGUAUAUAUGUAUGUUUUGAAUUUAAGUUGCAAUUAGCAUAAUGACCAAUGUUGAUUGUGGUAGUAAUUGUAUGUAGUUGCUUCCAUAGUAACCAGGUUUCUUUACCAUCAUGCAAAGGACAUACUCUGUCAAUACAGACAGAUCCAAGCAUGAUUAAGCUGAGAAAGGGAGGCUUUAAACAAACCUCAAAUAGAUUAUGGUAAAACCUUUUUAAAUAUAGCUCAUAACUUGUCUGCACUUUUUUUUUUAUAUUUUCCUAAGAGUUGACAUUAUAUUUUUAUCAUCCAGUGUUUCAUAUCCUGUAAAAGUAUGACUCAAUUUAGAUUUAGGAGUUUAUAUACAAGAAAUAUAUUGUUUGCAUGUUUGUUACCUUUUCAUUAUUUAUGAUAUUUUAUCAUUAAGGGCUUACAUGUGUAAUUGCUAGAGUAGGCUGUUACUUAAGACACACAAAUCCUGUAUGCUUAUCUGCACUCCCUAAAAAUCAAAAUAUUAUGAUAUUUUAAAUGUAUCCCUCUACAUUGCACUUUAUUCCAAUAGAACUCUACCUCCUUUAUUUCUGGGAGAUCUACACUACAAGAAAAUUAAUGUGCUCUGACCAAGGUUUUAUGAGGUAGUUGUAUGGAACCAUUUAUUUGUUCUUAGGAAUACUGUUAUAAUGGCAUAUUCUUGACAAAGUUAGGUUGUUUUAUGAAAGGUGUCUUAUAAUAUAACCGUGUGCUAAAUUUAUUACAUAUUAUUCAUCACAAUGCUUUUAAUUCCAGAACAACUCAUAAAAACAACUAUUGUUAACAUUGAAGUGCAUAAUGUUUAAUUUUACAGCUUUUGGAGCAUAUUUUGCAAAUUGUUUGUAAAGUUCUCGUUACCGCCACCCUUUCUCGUUACCGUCACCCUUAGCCAUUGGUGUUCACUUGUCUCGGUUCCCAUCACUCAGCAGUUCAUGUUUGUUGUCUUAGGAAGUGCAAUUCGGUUUCUCCAUUUAUGAUAUUCUAGUUCCUAUCAGUCUCAGUGUUCAAUUGUCUUAGUUUCCUUCAGCAGUAAACUCUCCAAUCUGGUAACUUGAUAUUUUAUAGUAUUGGAUUGAUUAGGAUUAGAGAGACUGGCCACACUCCUCAUAAUUAAAUAGAGGAUUUCAUAGUUACUUUUAUUCUAUAUAUAUCUAUAUUUGAUUUUCACUUAACUCUGAAUAUUUGCCAAAUAGCAAUUGAUAUUGUUUUGGUUGUAAAGUGGACAAUUAUAAUGCAUCCCCUGUCAUAUCUCAUUGAACUUACCCAACUUAGUUUGUCAUUAUAGUGAUAUCUAAAUUUAAUUAUUUCAGAAUGACUUCAUACCAUGUAUCAGUUUUUAAUGUAAAUGUAAAAAAACCUAUUGUUUGGAAUUGUACAAUUUUUCAUUUCACAUUAAAGUAAUCAAUCCCAGUUUUUUGAACUUUUUAUUCUGAGUCUGUUCAUGAGAUACUUAAUGAUCUUGCACUUUUGUAACAUAAUGCUUAGUCAUGGUCUUGAUUCAUGACCUUGCAAAAUUUCAGUCAGUGUCCUUUUAGAAAGUCAGAUUGAGUUGUUAUUUUCAAUAGGACUGUCCACAGAUACUUAAAAGUGAUCAAUGUGCAGUAUAUUGUAAUUUACAAUUUGUCCUGUACUGCAAGUUAAGUAUUGUGGUUCAUUACAGUUCAUCUGCUGUCCAAAUAGUGGAUAAGUUAGUUGACAAAUGAAAAAUUAUAGAUACUUAUUCUCAUUAAAAAGUACAAGCAAAAAAAAAAAA